AUGAGCAAGGCAGGAAACCCACAGAGACGCACCACCUACCUCAUUUCCCUCACUCUGGUGAAGGUUGAGGCCGUGCCAGAGGAUGUAGAAGGGAACCAGACGGAGGCUCUUCCAGAGGGGGAAGGGAGCCCUAAGAAGGAGGAGGAGGAGGAGGAGGUGAGCAAUGCCCCUGAAAAGGAUGAAGGACCUGAAUGUAUACAAGUGGGGGAAAAAGAAAACACACAGGUGGGAGAAGAAGAAGUGGAACAGGUGCAGUAUGGCAAGUAUGGCAGCCCCAUUGAGAACUGGGGGAUGCCUGAGAGGAGAGAAACUCAUGGACACCAAAAAGACAUUCUAUCAGUCGGUAAAAGCAAAGACACUUCCUUUGUGCAUCCACCUGCUAGGCAAAUGGUCAAAGUGUACGGAGGAACUACGUCUGAGGGAGCUGUGCGCAGAGAGGGGCCUCGCUCAGACGCCAUGCGCCCUAAGACGGAGCUCUACAGAGAGCCUCCCAUGCUGUACCUAAAGGGCGAGAAUGGAGCAGACCUGAACAGUCGAUCACGUUGCAGCCUCCCUUUUUCCAUCCCGCCGCAGGUCACCCCGCGUCCUGAGGUCCUGAUGAGGUCACAUGCAGGAGGCAACUCUGCAUGCUGGAGGGAACUCAGAGAGGCCAACACAAGCCUGUAUCACUCUGCUAGGACUUUGGAUCGAAGGGAUAACCGCUUCGGGGACCAGUCCCCCCUAAUGGCAGCUACAACUCUGGGGCCUUACAGGGCGUCCUGGGCCGACAGUGACGGUAGGGGCACGCUCAUUCGCCCCGGAGCUCCCAUCAGCGGAGGAUUUUCAGGCAUAAUGACCAGGGACAGCCCUCAGGGAGAGAGAUUUAAGAUGGUCUCUGUUUCCUUGCCUGCACCUCCUGCUGCCGACCUGUCUAGGCCGCAAAGAAAAGGUACAAGUCGUACCCUGGACAACAGUGACCUACAUUCCCCCUCAGAGGACCUGAAGAAGGGGAAGGAAGGCCAGGCAGGAACAAUCCAGCGCGCUCCUCCCCGUGACAGAAAGAUGCUCAAAUUCAUUAGUGGCAUUUUCACCAAAAGUACAGCGGUGUCGGCCAGCGUCAGCACCACACCUCCCCUCUAUCCAGCUGUGGAAAGGGGCUCGAGUGAGGAGGAAGCUGCGUGCACCAGCAGUCAAGAAUGGACCAUGAACCAAACUGUACAAGAGCUUCACCUGGGUGUUUUGGGAGGUCUGUGCAGUGGGAAGUCCGCUCUAGUCCACAGACACUUGACAGGAAGGUACCUGCAGCUGGAGAAUGCUGAGGGGCGCCAAUACAUUAAGGACGUCCUAGUUGAUGGACAGAGCCACCUGUUGAUAAUCAGAGAGGAGACAGAACUCCCGGGUGCUCAGCUUGCAACUUGGUUGGAUGCAGUUAUCUUGGUCUUCAGUUUGGAAAAUGAGGCGAGCUUCCAGGAAGUUUACAGAAUCUACCACCAGCUGGCCACCCACCGGCCUAUUUCUGAGAUACCUUUCAUAGUAGUCGGUACUCAGGAUAAGAUCACUAGCACCAACCCCAGAGUAAUAGAUGAUACGAGGGCCAGACAGCUCUGCUCAGAUGUGCGGCGCUGCACAUAUUAUGAAACCUGUGCAACGUACGGCCUCAAUGUGAACCGAGUCUUCACUGACGCUGCGCAGAAGAUCAUGGCAGCCAAGAAGCAAGCUGCUCAUCUGGCAUCCUGUAAAUCUCUACCAAACUCUCCAAGUCACUCCGGAGGCUCCACCCCAGUGUCGGGUGUCUUUCCAGGACAGGCCAGUAAUGGUGGUCAGAGUAGUGAUUACUCUUCAUCACUUCCCUCAACUCCUGUGAUCAGUCAUAAAGAAAUCGGAAAAACAGUGAGAGGGGAAAAGCAGGAAAGUGCCACGCCUGGGUCGGUCCGCAGUGCCACCCGGAGACGCACCUCCAGAUUUGCGGGUCGGCGAGGCAGUGACUCAAACAGAAGGAGUGCAGACUGUAAGGGAGAUCUGGGCAGUGGACGCUCCAUUCCCAUCAAACAGGGCAUCUUGCUAAAGCGCAGCGGGCACUCUCUCAACAAAGAAUGGAAGAAGAAGUAUGUCACACUGUCCAACGACGGCAUACUGACCUAUCACUCCAGUGUCAAUGACUACAUGCUGAAUGCCCCCGGGAAGGAGAUGGACUUGCUGCGAGUGACGGUGAAGGUGCCAGGAAAGCGACCACCUCGUGCUGUUCCCGCCUGCGGCCUUCCAGUUGGGCUCAACGGGCGCGUCAAAGACGUGCCGGGACCCGAGGGUGUCAUCCCUGUAAGCGCCAGCAACCUCUUGCAAGUGGAGGAAAUGGAAGGGCUGGGUGGUGCACUCUUCCUGAGGAACAACAGAGGCGUGCAGCGAUGUCCCUCUACGUUAUCUAACCACGCUCAAAGUGUUGACUCUGCAGUCGAGGGUGUAUCCAGCUCCUCCUCCACCAAAGAUGUAGGUUCCUACUCCCCGGUGACAGACAGGAAGAAGCAUCGCAGAAAGAAGAGCAUGAACCAGAAAGGAGAUGCAACAAUUGGCCAAGCAGAUGCCAAGCGCAAAAUGUGGAAACUUAAAAGCUUUGGUAGCUUAAGAAACGUAAGCAAGACAGAUGAGGAUAACUUUGACUUCCUCAUCGUGUCGAGCACUGGCCAGACGUGGCACUUUGAAGCUCAGAGUGUGGAGGAGAGGGACUCCUGGGUCCAAGCCAUUGAGAGCCAGAUCCUGGCCAGCCUGCAGCUGUGUGAGAGCAACAAAAAUAAGGCCCGCAAGAACAGCCAGAGUGACGCAGUGGUUCUGCAGGCGAUCCGCAACGCCAAGGGCAACAACUUCUGCGUUGACUGUGAUGCUCCAAAUCCAACCUGGGCCAGUCUGAACCUGGGCGCCCUCAUAUGCAUCGAGUGUUCAGGGAUCCACAGGAACUUGGGAACCCACCUGUCGCGUGUUCGCUCUCUAGACCUCGAUGAUCUGCCACGUGAGCUCACGCUGGUUCUCAGUGCCAUCGGCAACCACAUGGUCAACAGCAUAUGGGAGGCUCGCACACAUGGCAGCCGUAAACCAGCACCUGAUGCUACACGUGAGGAACGGGAGUCGUGGAUAAGAGCCAAAUAUGAGCAGAAACUGUUUGUGGCGCCGUUGCCUCCUCCCACUCCUGGCGAGGGCCCAGACAUCACGCUAUCUGGCCGUCUUCUUUUGGCAGUGAUGGAGCACAACCUCCCCAAGCUGCUGCUCCUUUUGGCCCACUGCACUAAGGAGGACAUUAACGCCCCUCUCAGCCUGGCGCUCUCCAGCAGGUCGCUCUUAGCGCUGCGGCUGCCCGGCUCUGCCCUGCACGCUGCCUGUCAGCAGGCUGAUGUGGUGAUGACGCAGCUUCUUGUUUGGUACGGCUCUGAUGUUCGGCAACGGGAUGCUCAGGGUCAGACAGCUCUGGUUCUGGCUCGCAGUGCCGGCAGCCAGGAGUGUGUGGACAUCUUACUCCAGUACGGAUGCCCAAAUGAACCGGCCUCCUCCUUCUCCGUCGCCACGACAGUUGGUUUUGCAGCAGCUGCUACACCCAGUUUCCCUGUUGCCAUGGCGCCGAGCCUGACGGUUGCCACAACACUCAAGAUUUCGCACAAGAGCGGCGGUGCCAGCUUGAGUUACAGCACCUCCAGAAGAGCAGUGUCAUAA